GCGGGCACAGAGCGCAGGCAGCGCCGAGCCGCGCGGGCCUGUGCCGCCCCGGGUCCCGCGGCUCGGCCGGCCGCCCGCGCCGCUGCGAGCCGUCCAUGGUACAGCGCAUGUGGACCGAGGCGGCCGGGCCUGGGGCCGGCGCCGAGACGCUGUUUCCGGGCUCCCGGCGGAGCCGCAGCGUGUGGGACGCGGUGCGCCUGGAGGUGGGCGGCCCCGACAGCUGCCCGGUGGUGCUGCACAGCUUCACACAGCUAGACCCUGACCUGCCGCGCUUGGAGAGCUCCACGCAGGAGAUCGGAGAGGAGCUGGUCAACGGGGUCGUCUACUCUGUCUCGCUGCGCAAGGUGCAGGUGCACCAGGGUGCCACCAAGGGCCAGCGCUGGCUGGGGUGUGAAAAUGAGUCGGCCCUGAACCUGUACGAGACCUGCAAGGUGCGGACGGUGAAGGCGGGCACGCUGGAGAAGCUGGUGGAGCACCUGGUGCCCGCCUUCGAGGGCAGCGACCUCUCCUACGUCACCAUCUUCCUGUGCACCUACCGGGCCUUCACCACCACCCAGCAGGUCCUGGACCUGCUCUUCAAAAGCAGGUACGGUAGAUGUGACGCCCUCACGGCCUCCUCUAGAUACGGAUGCAUCCUCCCGUACCCCCACGAGGACGGUGGGCCCCAGGACCAGCUGAGAAAUGCCAUCUCCUCCAUCCUGGGCGCUUGGCUGGACCAGUACUCCGAGGACUUCUGCCAGCCCCCCGACUUCCCCUGCCUCCGGCAGCUGGCAGCCUACGUGCAGCUCAACAUGCCUGGCUCCGACCUGGAACGCCGCGCACACCUCCUCCUGGCUCAGCUAGAGCAGGCAGAGCUGGAGGCUCUAUCGCCAACUCCAGCUCCAGAGCCAGCGCCGGUGCCAGCUCUAGCGCCCAGUCCCAUGCCAGAGCUAGAGCCAGCUCUAACACCAGCUUUAGCGCUCAGUCCAACACCAGCUCUAGCGCCCAGUCCAGUAUUGGUUUCAGGGCAAGAGCUAGUCUUGGCUUCAGAGCUUGAGCCGGAUCUCAAACCAGCUCCAGAGCGAGAGCCAAUGCCAGCACUGGCUCCAACACCCACUCCAGAGCUGGAGGCAGCUCUGUUGAGAACUCUAGAGCUAGGGCCAGCUCCAGCACCAGAGCCUUCCUGGCCUUCGCCUGUGGCUGCAGAGAAUGGGCUGAGCGAGGAGAAGCCUCACCUCUUGGCGUUCCCUCCGGACCUGGUGGCAGAACAGUUUACCCUGAUGGAUGCGGAGCUGUUCAAGAAGGUGGUGCCCUACCACUGCCUGGGGUCCAUCUGGUCCCAGCGUGACAAGAAGGGCAAGGAGCACCUGGCUCCCACCGUCCGUGCCACUGUCACCCAGUUCAACAGUGUGGCCAACUGCGUCAUCACCACCUGCCUCGGCGACCGCAGUGCCACGGCCAGGGACAGGGCCAGGGUGGUGGAACACUGGAUCGAGGUGGCCAGGGAGUGCCGAGCGCUCAAGAACUUCUCGUCUCUGUACGCCAUCCUCUCCGCCCUGCAGAGCAACGCCGUCCACCGGCUGAAGAAGACGUGGGAAGAAGUUUCCAGGGACAGCUUGCGGGUGUUUCAGAAGCUGUCGGAGAUUUUCUCAGAUGACAACAACUACUCACUGAGCCGAGAGUUGCUCAUCAAGGAGGGGACCUCCAAGUUUGCCACCCUGGAGAUGAACCCCAAGAGGGCCCAGAAACGGCCAAAGGAGACGGGUGUCAUCCAGGGCACCAUCCCCUACCUGGGCACGUUCCUCACGGACCUGGUGAUGCUGGACACCGCCAUGAAGGACUACCUGUAUGGGAGGCUGAUCAACUUCGAGAAGAGGAGGAAGGAGUUUGAAGUGAUCGCCCAGAUCAAGCUGCUCCAGUCGGCUUGCAACAACUACAGCAUCGAGCCCGAGGAGCAGUUCGGGGCCUGGUUCCGCGCCACACAGCGGCUCAGCGAGACCCAGAGCUACAACCUGUCCUGUGAGCUGGAGCCCCCCUCCGAGUCAGCCAGCAACACCCUGAAGGCCAAGAAGAACACAGCCAUUGUGAAGCGCUGGAGCGACCGCCAGGCCCCCAGCACAGAGCUGAAUACCAGCGGCAGCUCGCAUUCCAAGUCCUGUGACCAACUCAGGUGUGGCCCCUACCUCAGCGGCGGGGACGUCGCCGACGCACUCAGCGUGCACUCAGCGGGCUCCUCCAGCUCCGACGUGGAGGAGAUCAACAUGAGCUUCGUCCCGGAAUCCCCCGACGGCCAGGAGAAGAAGUUCUGGGAGUCGGCCUCGCAGUCGUCGCCCGAGACCUCCGGCAUCAGCUCGGCCUCCAGCAGCGCCUCCUCCUCCUCGGCCUCCACCACGCCCGUGGCCGGCACCCGCACCCACAAGCGCUCCGUCUCAGGGGUCAGCAGCUGCAGCGUCUCGCUGCCGCUCUACAACCAGCAGGUGGGCGACUGCUGCAUCAUCCGGGUCAGCCUGGACGUGGACAACGGCAACAUGUACAAGAGCAUCCUGGUGACCAGCCAAGAUAAGGCCCCAGCUGUCAUCCGAAAGGCCCUGGACAAACACCACUUGGAAGAGGGCGAGCCGGAGCAUUACGAGCUGGUGCAGGUUAUCUCGGAUGAGCGGAAGCUGAAGAUCCCUGACAACGCCAACGUGUUCUACGCCAUGAACUCCGCUGCCAACUACGACUUCGUCCUAAAGAAACGGACCUUCACCAAGGGGGCAAAGGUCAGGCACGGGGCCAGCUCCACCCUCCCCCGCAUGAAGCAGAAGGGACUCAAGAUUGCCAAGGGCAUCUUCUAGCGGGUCCCUCGGGCUGGCCCAGCCACAGGCCUGCCCUUUCCAGGAUCGGGCUGGCCGAGCAGUGAGCCAGUCACAGACGACAGUGGCACCAGCCAGGCAGGCGCCUUCCAGGGCCCUGCCUGCCAGCCCAGGCCACCCCGACUCCGGUUUCACCCUGGACCUCUCUCACUGCCAGGAUUGACGCCUGCCCGUCCACAGGCUGACCUGGCCUCCCGUGGACCACUUGCCGCCUUAGGUGCCUUCUGCUCUCUGGACCCAGAGGACUUGCCGACUUUGCCAAGGAGUGCUGCCAAGGGGCAUGGAGCCCUGCCCGCCACUGGGCACGCUCUCACUACACCUCCCUCACACCCGCCCAGGUGUGGGUCACUGCCACUCGUGCCCACGGGCACUCCGGGGCGCCCGCUCACCUGCUGGGCCCGACCACUGCAGCUCUCUCCUCACAGCCACGGGCACCGGCCGUGCCACUGCCAGGUCCCGGCCCUCCACCACCACUCCAGCCUUCCUCAGGCCGCACCAAAGAUUCCAUCGUCAGGGCCAGCUGAGAGGGAGCCCGCAGCCCACCCCGGCCCGCCCCAGGAGAGGAGAGGCCCUCCUCACGGACCCCUCUCUGCUCGGUGCACGAGGGCAGUCUUGGCCGGGGCCGUCAACGUCACGUCUCAGGACACUGCAGGUGCCACUCAGCACCGCGCCCUGGGCUUCAGGAGACUGAGACCGCACAGGACGGGGUCUGUGGGAAAGGAGGACUGGGGGGGGCAUUGAGUAUUUGUAUAAAAGGCAAAAACCAUGUUUACCAGUUGGGGAGGGGCAAUAUUUAUUUGUUGUAAAUAGAAAAUGCUAGACUUGAAUAUUAUAUUAAAAUCCUG